AUGAGAUCAGAAAAAGCUAGGAAGCUGCUUCUUUUCUGCAGCUUUUGCCUCCUCUGGACUUCCACCAGCGCCAGUGGAUGCGUGGAACUUCUAAGUGAAAACAGCUUAGCCCUCCUAUGUCCAGCUUAUCGGUCCGCCCUGCCUCCGCCAAAUGCCGGUUCAAAAAAGUACACCAAAUUGCAGGUGGAAUCAGCCACAUUCCCUCACGGUCGUUCCUUCCUCUCACGCCAAAAUUUCACUACCCUCAAGUCUCUAACCUAUCUCCGUAUCGUCUCUGCGGGGCUCGACCACAUCAAUCCCGACGCAUUUUCUGACCUCCGAGAUCUACAACAUCUCGAUCUUUCGAAAAAUCGCCUCACCUACAUCGAACCCGGCACCUUUAAGGGUCUAAAGUUAACUAAACUCAUCCUCUCUGAUAAUCCGGGCCUCCAGCUUCCCAUCGGUGUCUUCUCUGGCGCCUCCAUAGCCAUAUUUGCAGCCAGAUCCUGUGGUCUGAGGUCGCUGGCCUACAAGCUCUUUGAGAAAACUAACACCAAACACAUAAACGUGGCUAACAAUCAGAUUCAGACACUGUCUGCAGAGUUCGCGUCUAUCAUCCAGUCACAGCAGGACCCCACGAAGGAACACGACUGGGGCUCUAUUGAUUUAACCAAUAACAGUCUCGUCUGUGACUGCAAUCUCCUCUGGCUUUCACAGAUGAUGGAAACCCAGCGAAGAGUGUUUGAAGAUCGUGUGCUCUAUGGCGAUGCAUCCACGCAGUACGGCAACGGACCACGUUCACUGCGAAACACCCGAACCACCCCACCCGUCGGUGAUGGCUUCAGCAUCGGUACCACCGAGGAGAAGACGAAGCCCAUGUAUCAAAUGAAUGUGACCUGUCAUGCACCUCGAUGGCUCGUGAAGCGACGCUUUCCCCUUCCUAGUGAGUUUGACUGUCCCGCCCCGCGAGUUACGGGCAUUGAUAUAGCCAUGAUCGGCAAGGCUCUGAAUAUUGUUCAGUUGACAUGCCAUGCUCGUGGUCGGCCGACACCCAAUGUAGCCUGGGCUUUCAAGCAGCACAACCAAGAGGUGCAUCGAAUUGUGAGUUCCCCUGACAGACGACAGAAUCCCCUAUCUUGGUCAUCAGCAUCACCUCCGUCACCGGACCAGUUCGGCAGGGAGGCGACAAAGAGUAUUUCAAUCGGGCUGAACGUUAGCUUGAACGAGUUUCGGACACGUGAUUUCUCCUGCAUCACCUGGGCUGAUCUCAACACAGCGCAUGGUACGACCGGUGGACUACAGGAUGAGGCGUCUUUGCAGCAGGACGACUUUUCGGGUCAACUGCACGCCUUGUUGAACCAGCCAUCGGCGUCGUCCUCUGGAAACCAGGUGGCCACCCUCGCUGAAGAGGAUCAAACUGAACUCAGCCCUUACCAACAGUUGUUUGUGAAGCGCUUUACCCCCUUAGAUCUGAUAGGUGCCGUGUUUGGAACGUGUACAGCUACCCUCGCCCUUCUCUGUCUCAUAACACGCUUCAUUCCCUACUGUUGUCUGACAAAACAAAACUCAAAGUCUCAGACAAAGCACUACCUUCUGGGUCAGCCGGCUGGAACAAAAGACCAAAUGAAAGUGGCGUCUGCCAAGGCAAACGCCUCAGGCCCCAAUGCAACAGGCCACUUUCAGAAGUUCGGCAACGAUCAACAUCACCCCGGAUUCGUUACUUCCGACGAAACCACGAAUGCCAGUAUGAGCUUGCUUGAACAUGGCGGACCGCGAGGCUCAGAAUCACAGCUGGUGCAACUCGCGAAUGGAAGUAUGGCUCCAAACUAUUUCGGUUCAGGUGCCACCCUGACUCGGUACUGGCCGGCUCAAGAGUACGCAUACUCGCCGAACACUAGUCAUGAAUACGACGUUCCUGGAUCGGUUGAUCCACUGGCUGGCGCCAUGCCCAUCUCUAUUGGACCUACCUCUCCUCUGCAUAGUCAUGCCUUUGGGAACAAUCUGUCUCAACAGGCUACUGUUACCCUGACUCGCAGGGGCAACCAACAACACGACGGCCGACCACCAUCCGGCAUGCAAAUGAGCGCCACCGAUACGCCCAACCUGUCCUCCCACAUGGCCGUU